AUGAAGCAAGAAGAAGAUACAUUUAAAGAACCAGAACCCAUUAGACCACCACGGCAACGUCAAGUUCAAAGUGCAUCUUUUACUAAAGGCGUAUUAGAACAACCUCGUUUUGUUCACGACGACCCAUUAGCAACAAGUCAAGCUCAAUUCUAUCAACCAACGCCUGCACCAGAGACGGUAGUAGUUCAUUCAGUGCCAAAGAAAACGAACGAUGCAUGUUGUUGGGGAUGGUAA